AUGUCCCCUCAAAUCUACAAAGCACCAACCCGAUUCCUAUUUAUCGCGUCAAUCGGCAACCCAGCCCCAUACACAGGCACAAGGCACAGUGCCGGCCACGUCCUGCUCGAUGCCAUACAGCCACAAUUACACGAGCGCAUUGGACUGACGACAGCCCGCUCCUCCUCGUCGUCGUCACUGUCCCGCUCAAUAUUCUACUCAACAUGGAAAUCGCCCUCGUUAAUGAACGUCUCCGGACCGCCUGUGCUCCGCCAGUUCAAGACAUGGGCCACGGAGCGCGAGAAAUACUUUACCAAUCUAGUCACCAAUACCCUGUCUUCUGUACCUCCAACGCUAUCGAAUACAGGAACAGAUGGUAAUAACAAUAACAACAACAACAACAACAAUCAUAAUCAUAAUCAUAAUAAUCACACGAACACCAUACACGUCCUCAAGUCCUCCUCUACACCCAUCACAAUCGACAUCCGCGCUCUCAAACACCGCUUCCGACCAACCCUCGUAAUCCUGCAUGACGAACUGGAGGCUCGUCCGGGACAAAUCAGGGUUCGACGCGGCGGUCCUCAACAGGCCAGUCUCCGCGGCCAUAGAGGGCUGAUUAGCAUUAUGGAAAGCCUGCGGGGUGCUGGUCUACUCUCUUCUUCUUCUGCAGCUGCUAAGAAUCUGUCAAUCCUGCGUAUUGGCAUCGGGAUUGGUCGUCCCGCAAGUCGCGAACGGGGCUCCGUCUCGGAUUAUGUGCUCGCGAAAAUGGGGGCGGAGGAAUUGCAGGCUCUGAGCGAGGCGGUGCCCGAGGUGGUUGAUACUUUGGUGCAGGAGAUGUAUAGGAGGGAUGAGGAUGAGGUUUAG